AAGAGAGAGAGAGACAGCAAAGACAGAGCCCUGCCCACUCUCACAAAACCAUUCAACUUGUGCACAGUGAGCACUCCCAGACCUCUACAGAGAACUCCACUUCCCUGGGGUAACCUUCUGAAGACGACUGCCCUUCCCACACAAAACUUCCCAAAGGACCAGACAUCCUCUCCGCUCCAGCACUGGCAAGACCAUCUUCUGUCCACACCUCUCCUUCUCCAUCCAUCUCUCAUUUUUCAAUGCAAGGAUUAUAAUUUUUUGUUCUCACUUUUCCUUCAGUUUAGGUGUAACUUUUUCUUACUUUUAGUCCAAGUCUUACAGUAUCUAUUUGUCCAGAGCUUUUAAGUAAACCUUGUCUGGAGGAGUUUUUUUCCCCCUCUUUGGCAGGAGGACCUAAACUUUUUCCACCAAUCAUCAUUUCGCCUGCCAGUUGGUGCGUGCUGCUCUGCUCUUAGUUGUCCGGACAGCAGACCUCAUCUAGGAUGUCUCCUCUGCCCCUGCUGAGUGGGAUUUUUCUGCUCUUUACCCAUAGCUGCGCCAGCGGCGGCUCUUUGCCCAUGGCAGACUCCUUGGCGAUGGGUGGUGGCCAGACGCAACCACAGACCCAGUCCCAAUUUCAGCUGGCACCGGAGGUCACCAACUGCCCGUCAUGCGCCCUGGCACAGCUAAACGAGGAGGAGGACGGCGGCAAAACCGACGUGGUGGAGGCGGUGAAGAGGCACAUCCUCAACAUGCUGCACCUGCAGGCACGGCCCAACGUCACGCAUCCGGUGCCCCGCGCUGCUCUGCUCAAUGCCAUCCGCAAGCUGCAUGUGGGACGCGUGGCCGAGGACGGCAGCGUCCAGAUUGAGGAUGAGGGCCACGGGCGUCCCGACCCCGCCGACAUGCCCGAGACGACUGAGAUCAUUACUUUCGCAGAGGCCGGUGAGUGCCACAGGUGUGUGUGGUGGGGUGAUUGUGCGUGUGUGAGAGAGAGAAAGAUAGAUAGAGUGAUAGAAAGAGCAACAGAAAGGUCCUUGUCUAAGGAGGCAAAAAACUAACAGGCAGCCUUGCUAAAUGCUACAAAGGCUAUAGGACUGCAACCCAGUUUGGCAGGUUUGCAGACCUAAUUCUUUGAAACACUCUCUUGAGAGGAGGGGGGUAGUGUCCACCUGUGCGAUAGAACAGUUCAACCUGUUGACUCUACCCAGAGAGGUGCUCGCAUCCUCCCCUUCCCCUGCCACCCCUCCCUUAAGGUCCCUAAUGACCUCCUGCUGAUUUAAAGAAUACCAAUUAUCUGCUUAGAAAUCCCCCAGGCUUAAGUACCAAAGCUGUGAAGUUAUUCAGAGUAGUGCGGUGGCAGUCACCGGGAGACCAAGCGAGCGCUUUGCUCAGAAACGGCAGAGAGAGAGAGAGAGCGAGAGCGAGAGAGAGUUAUGGAAAGAAAGGCUCCUCAGGUUAAAGAAAAAUAACUAUUAUCCAGUUACUGCCUCUACUCCGUUGGCUGUCGACUGUGGAGUGAUGUGUUCAAAGGUGCUGUCAAGCGUGUGAUGUGUAGAGCGAUCUGGGUCUGCUCUGCCUCAGAUAGUCCAGGAGGGGAAAUGGGAUAUAGAAAAAGCAGAACUGUGUCAGCAAAAGAACUAUGUUCCUUUUUCCUUACAUUGCAAACUGUGACUGUCAUUGAAGGUGCAGAAUGUUUUACAGUACAGUAUUUUGGAAAGGGUCAGAGACAGGGCUAUUGGAUUCAUAAAUACAGCACUGUAUAAUUGGCGAGGUGAUCUUGAGUGGUCUUGGGUCUGUGUCGCAGCAGGGGGAGAGAGAGGAGUGCUUGAAUGAGAGUGUAAAGGAUGUGCACUCCAAGUCAUGACUGACAUUUGCAGUGAGUUUAAGAGCCCCUCUUCACUAGGACUUGACAGAUUAAAUUUAGCGAAUCCUACUGCAGUACUUACGCUCAAAAAAUGUAUGUUUAAAACCAAUACUUAGACUUUAAUGAGAAUUUCCUCCCUUGUGUGAUGUCAAGUUGUUGUUCCUGCUAUGUGGUAAAAAAAAAAAAAACCCAAGGAGGUACAAGCAAAGAAUUCUAGGAAAACUAUGUACAUUUUCAAAGUAGGCUCUUCCUGUAUAGAGGUAGUUAAAUAGACUUAACUUUCCAAGCUGUCAUUUAGGAAUUCUAUAAAUGUUCAUUCUAGAAUGUGCUUUACAGUAAACUUAGAAAGAGUUGUCAAGUUGCUAUAACAUGGUAGUGAAAGCAAGACUUUGCAUGUCAGAAUUGGGAGAAAAACGUUUUAAAAUAAUUUUACAUUAAUUGAAUAAUGUAUUGAGGUUAUGUGAGUCAUGAGGUUGAGGAAACAAAGUUGAGUAAAAAAAUAAAACAGUUUUUCUACCUUCCUUGCAGUAGAAUAUGCUAUGCUGCUCAUUACUGAAGACAGGUUCCCUCCCUGACGUUCUCAACAGCAUACACUUGAAAGAACAGUUGAACCAUUUAGGAAAACCUGAGUGAGAGAGUACAGAUGUACAGAGUACAGAUUUGAGCCAGUUUGCUACAGCAGGAAAAUAAUCCUGCAGCAAAAGGAAAUGUGAAUUAUUAUGUGGAUUAUAAUUAAUGGAUAUUUUUGUAGGGAUUGAAACAUUUUUCGUAAGGGAAAAUCAAGUCUGAAAUUUCAAAGUAUAAAUAAAUUACAAACUUUAGAAGCCUUUUUAAACCUCAAAUACACUACAAGUUUAACAUUUCCUGCAUUGCAAGAAAGUUAUCCUGCAACAUGGUGAUCAAAUUAAGAUCCUAUAUCUGUAUAUGCAAUGAAUGAACCAUCAGUGCUGCUAAAAGCAAAACACUAAAAAAGCAUUGCCCCAUUGACAUGUUGAAGGAAAAAGAAAAAUCCUCAGUUUUUUUCCUCAAAGCUGACAGUACCAUUCAUUCUUGUGCUAUGGCUAGUAGUCAGAGCAAUAAAAUAUGUUUAGGAAUGUGAUGCACCCGUGCGUCAAUCUAAGUAACAUAAUUCAAAAAAUCAGUUUUUUUGCAUGGGCUGCGUCUCAAUCCACCACAUCCGCCUAUGUCGGCCUUCCGCAUCUGCGGCGGAAGGUGGCCAUGCUACAGCGAUGUUUGUCAGACCAUGAGACAUCCCGAAAAUCUGUCUUCUCACAAAAACGUCUGUAGCGUCGGAACGGUUUGGUCUAAAAUCUAAAAUGACCACUAUAUGUUUUGCUCUACGACCCACACAAGUGUAACAGAACUUGUCUGAAGGUAACCCGGUUCGGGUAAAACAAAAUGAAUGGAAGUAUGGAGGUUUUGUUCCAACAAAAAAAGGGGUGAAAUAUGUGUCCAAAAAAACAAAAAAUAUUUCCAGAGCUUUCUUAUAUCUCCUGGAUAUAGGACAGACACUUCAAAACCUUAUUCCUUAUGAUACAUUUUUUGACUGUCUGUUUUGCCAUUUAUGAAUGUGUUAUUCAAUGAGCCAAGACUCCCUGUAAUAGUGCUUAGGGAAUGCUAUUGGAAUUACUUCAGGUACACAUGAGUUAGCCUCCAACAUUUUUAUCAGUUUAUUAUAAGACAAUUGCAAUGCAUGUUUUAGAGACAUUCUUAAAAUGUAACUGAUUCAAUUUGGUGGUGGGUGAUAGCAUCUAACGUAUAUCCUAGUGGCAUUCAUAGAACACUGGGUUAUUUGUACAAGAGCUCUCCGAACAUUGCUGUCAUUGUCAUUAGAACAUACAGGGAACAUUCCUGGAACAUCUUGAGAGCCACAUAUGGUUGUUAGAGCAGGCAAGCACUCCAUUGAAGAGCGAUCCAUUUGGGAAGAAUGAGAUGAUUGGCACUUUCAGAGAAAAAUGCAGCUACAAUUCUGUGAACAACAUUACAUUUUUCAAGAAAUGCAUUCAGCCUUUUACUUAUCAAGAUGAUAAUUCAGAUAUUUACAAAUACAAUUUGGUUAUACAUGAUGCUGUCCAGGAGACAGUAAGCCGUAAUCUUUUCGAGCUUGAUUUAUCAAACCAGAACUCCUAAAAAAUUGCAGUCGGCAAAGAGGCAAAAAUGAAAAAGACACAUUUUUGAAUGAGUACUCUGUUUAGUCUGCUCUGAAGAAGGUCUACUAGUGGACUUUGAGUUGGCAGGUAUUGAAGCUGCUACAACUACCUCCACUACAACUGGCAGGUCACCUCAGGCUGCAAAAAAAUCUGAUCAAGUGACACAGAUUGUAUCGGAUUGAGUUCAUGUGAAUCUCUAGGCAUUUUUGUUGAACUCCUAUCAAAUUAGGCAGUAAACCUGUAUAAAAUAAUUCCCAUUUCUCUUAAAUUGGUAAACAAGAUAUGCCUCAAUAGUAUGUUAUAGUGGUAUCUUUCUGGUUGUUAUGUUUUCUAUGGAAGUGGUUCCUCAGUAGUGGCCGUGGGAGUAUUAGGACUCCAUACAAUAUAACUGGAACCUCAAGGGAAAGAUCAAAGGCCAUUAUCCCUCCAAAGGUAAACUGGAUAAAGAGUGGGAUUAUUGAACACAUGAAUUAGGACAGUAUUUGGAUAGAAGAGAAACCCCCCACUUAUGGUCCUCUAAGCUUUCAGGUAUUUCGGGCCCAUCCCUCACUCCAUCUCCUUUUUUUUAAGACAAGCAAAGGGGGAGGUAGGAAUGUGUCAAUGUUAUUUUCUAUCUUUUGUGUGGGACAGCUGCGCAAACUGUCCUUCUCGUCAGCUGAAUUGGUGUUUAUUGUUCAGGGAUUACUGUACCUCUCUUUAGUAUUUUCCCCUUCUUUUCUCACAAAUGUUUUCAGGAACCAUGUUGAGCAGCGGUGCACUCAAACGUACUUCCAAGGGCGGGUUUUCUUUGGGUUAGAGCCCCCUUGGGUUUGUACAGCUUAGGGAACUCUAACGCAAGUCCUAUUCUUUCGCCCCAGUGCAGGAUUAAGAAGGAACAAUGACGGAGCCACCGCUGGCAAACGCCCAUUAUUUUUAGACUGUGUUUGUGAUGCAGCGGCUGUGUUUGGACAGAUGGGUAUUGGCUGUGGACACACGCACAAAAACACACACACAGAGAGAACUGUCGCCAUUGUUGUUGCAACCAAAUGUGGGGUAAACAAACAGAAAGCAUUGAUGAUGACCUCCAUGGAAGUACUAGGAAUACUUUGGGGCUCAUUGGGAUUUCUUAGAGGGAGAGUAUAAAAUGGCAAAUGCUGGCUGUCCAACUCAUUUGUGUAGUUAAAAAACCAGACCCAUUUCAUAAUGACAUCACAGCCACUCUGAGGACAUUUAGCUCAGCAACAACAUGCAGUGUCUGUCCACAAAAAGAGAGAAAAAUUAUAUCUUACUCUGAACACACAGAGCCAAAGCUAAUAGCCAGAAAGUGAGCUUUACUGUAUGUGCUGUUGAGACAUCACUUUGUAAAGAUUUGCCUAUGUACUGUAAAUGGAAGGGAUUAGCCUAGACGUUCAAAAUGAUCUUGUUAGAAGAAGCUUUCCAGAGGAUUUCUCCAUGCUUCUGCUGGACAUGAGCCAGUUUUGACCCAGAGCUGAGAGAUUUGAGCUCAGAUACACCAGCAGGCCUCCCAUAGUGACACUAGUGAAGACACAUUGCCACAUCACAAGUGAAGUCACAUCUGCCUGUGAAAAGGGUACUUAUUAUGGUUAAUAACUGACAUCCUUCAACCUCUUACUGUACCUCUCUGAAAGACUUGCCUCUGGCUAUUGUGUGCUUUACAGUAUGCGGGCUGCCAUAAUGAUCACAAGUAAAGGUGACGCAAAUAUGUUAUGCAACGUUGUGGUUUUUAAACCCCAAAAUUAUGUUAUGUGCUGGGUUUGUUAGAGUUGAAAGGUAUGUCAUGGACAGUCCUGUUGUGUUGCGUCAUGCCAUGUGCUUGCUUGUGCUUGUGAAUGAGUGUGUGUGUGUGUGCAGUGAGUGACUGUGUACAUGUCACAAAACAUAUUUGCGUGUUGUACCCAAAAUGUACAAUUUGACUCUCUCCUGUAAAUAUUAUUCUCUUUGUUGUUAGCAUUGUACAUAACAGAUUCAUUUCCAAAUGACGUUCCCACAUUUGCUGUUUUAUUGAACCGAAAAAAGCGAAUUGAAAAAAAAAACAGACCAGAACUUGUCAUGUCAAGCAAGGCAAUGCUAAUGAUACGUGUGCCAUGCCUAAAAUUAUUCUGUCCCAUUGAUGUGGCCCUAUCACACCCCAUCAGACUCAGAUGUGGCCGUUGCAGUUCAAGGACCAGGCAGCAAAGCCUUUACUUACACUGAUAUGAGCUCAGACUUUAUUACAGCGUUUUACUAAUCUAAUCCUCCGAUCCUCUCUCUAUUUCUCCUCCUCUGUAGGCGACUCCCAGGGCGCGGUCAACUUCCUCAUCUCCAAGGAGGGCGGCAAGCUGUCUCUGGUGGAGGAGGCUAAUGUAUGGAUCUUCCUCCGGCUGGCCAAGACCAACCGCAGCCGUGCCAAGGUCACUAUCCGCCUGCUACAGCAGCGCCGUGGUGGAGACGGCCGUGAGGAGUCGGCGCCGGUGCCGCUGGCAGAGAAGGCGGUGGACACGCGACGCAGCGGCUGGCACACUUUUCCUGUGUCGGCCAGCGUCCAGGCCCUGCUGAAGCGCGGCGCCAGUACACUCAGUCUGAGGGUCGCCUGCCCGCUGUGUGCCAACGCUGGUGCCACGCCCAUCCUGGUGUCGGCCAGCAGCGGGCAGGAGCGUGAGCAGUCUCACCGGCCCUUCCUGAUGGCGGUGGUGCAGCAGGGUGAGGGCGGUGAGCCACGGCGGCGCCACAAGCGGGGCCUGGAGUGCGACGGCAAGGUGAGUGCCUGCUGCAAGCGCCAGUUCUACGUCAAUUUCAAGGACAUUGGCUGGAGUGACUGGAUCAUAGCGCCAGGGGGAUACCACGCCAACUACUGCGAAGGCGACUGCCCCAGCCACGUGGCCAGCAUCACAGGCUCCUCGCUGUCCUUUCACUCCACUGUCAUCAACCACUACCGCAUACGGGGCUACGCGCCCUUCCAGAACAUCAAGUCGUGCUGCGUGCCGACACGGCUACGAGCCAUGUCCAUGCUCUACUACAACGAGGAGCAGAAGAUCGUCAAAAAGGACAUCCAGAACAUGGUCGUAGAGGAGUGUGGCUGCUCCUAAAAGCCUG